AUGGUCGUCAUUCCGACCACGGGGGAAUCCGCGACCCGACGCGUCCGUAUUGACAAGGUCCACUCGAUCCUCAGCAAUCGUAUCAAGGACAAUGAAGAGCAAUUCCUCGUGCGGUGGAAGGGAGACCCAAAUACCCCUCCGUUAAGUUGGCACAGCAUAUCGGAGCUAGUGCGAUGUCUAGAGCUGGUUCAGGAUUAUAUCACUGUCCGAGAAGAAAGCAAGGCUGUCUCCAGGAAGCGGAAGUCACCUGAUCUUGCAUUUGAGCAUGAACGAAGAGCUUCGCCAUUUGACCGCCGCCUUGGUCUAACACCAUCAGCCUCUCGUUCGCCUUCUAUAUCCUCGUUAUCUGCCGUGCCGACUCCUCGUACGGACAUCGAUGUCUACAAUGGUGUGCUUGAUACAGACGGGAAUGGCUUCAUCUUCUGUCGAAGUGCGCCAGGCCCGAACAUCGCUACAAUAAACAUCCGAAGUCUACCGAUGGAGGAGAUGCUACGCACCGCGCGAAUGUCCAAGAUCGAGACAGCGAAUGUGCUGAUCCGUGCAGAGUACGUGCGGCGACUAGGAAAGGUUGUCGGCAAGAGGAUACACCUUGUCAACGUCCACGAUUACACAACGCCUUCGUUACGGUUUUCAUACAUCCCCGACUAUGUACUUCGAGAAGGAGUCUAUCGAGCAGAUCCAGCCACCCAAGAAGGUUGUCAGAAGUGCAAACCAGACAUGGGACGGAGUAUAGGAUGCGAGUACACGCAGAAGUGCGGAUGUCUGGAAUAUGCAGCCGUAGACCCAGUUCGAUUGACUCCAGAGACGAAGAAACAAUAUGAGAAAGCUCUUGCGACCGGUGGCUCUCUCCUGGGGUUUCCGAAGCGGUUUCCGUACUUCACCGGUGACACGAAGCGCCAACGCACUGGGACCCUCGUCAGUUUCUACCUUGAUUCGCGGCAUCCCAUCUACGAGUGCAACGACAAUUGCGGGUGCGGACCGUAUUGUCGGAACAAAAAUGUCCAGUUUGGGAGACAAGUUGGGCUUGAGAUUUUCAAGACCGGUAGCGGUCGUGGCUGGGGUUUGCGCUGCAAAGAAGACUUGUUCAUGGGACAAUUCGUCGACACGUACCGUGGAGAAGUCAUUACCGACGCAGAGGCCACCCGUCGUGAACAGGCCGGCGGGAAGUUAAAGGCAUCAUACCUCUACAGCCUAGACAAACACCAGGAAUCAGAAGGUCUCGCACAGGCAGAUAUCUACGUCGUCGAUGGAGAGUUCAUGGGCGGUCCUUCCAAGUUCAUGAACCACUCGUGCGAACCGAAUUGCCGACAGUACACCGUCUCGUACAACAAGCACGAUACCCGUAUAUACGACCUCGCGUUCUUCGCUAUUAGGGAUAUACCUGCCGGAGAGGAGCUCACGUUCGACUACCUGGACAAAGAGGAGGCGGACGACGAGGAGGACGCGCCAGAAGGUGCUGUGCCCUGCCUUUGCGGUACAACGAAAUGCCGAAAAUGGCUGUGGCAAUAG